AUGUCGGCAUUCAGUUGGAUAUUUUCAAGCACACAGACACGCAGGAACCGCUGCAACAAGCACGAAAUUUGGUUAGUUGCGAAAAACAGUUCCCUGCUGUCGCCUGAUUUGACGCUGAUCAUUUUACAUAUUGCCUUAAGAAAUUUAAGGGUGUUGGUGUCCAUCGGGCCGAUAACCUCGAUACAUAUUGGCAAGAAUUCCAUCGAGGGGAGGGCGUUCCCAUAUUUUUUUUUCAUUUUCUCGUCCGCUGCCCUGGCCGCGGCCAAACCGCAUUCUUUACUUGUCAGGUUUACGUAUCAUUCGGCGAGGGUGCCAGGGACUGUAACAUCCCACGCCAAACAUCUGCCGGCUCUCCAAGGUAUUAGUGUGCAUCCGUCCGGGCGCCUACCAUCAUGCGCAGAAAUGCCGGAUGGUUCCUUGAGAACCGGGAUUGAAGCCUUGGAGAAGAGCCGACAAAAAUGUAAUGAAAGUAGUUAUUAA